AUGAAGAGAAAUGGCAUAAAAAGAGGCCUGUGGGAUUCUUUAAUUUUGUAUUGGCGUUGGAAUCGAGAAAACCUUUUGAGGAAUGUUUCUACAUUUGCGGAAAAUGGCAGGCACGUGAUUGGUAUGGAUGGUCCUGUGGAGGCAGGUAGUGAAAAGGACGUGGGGCGUGGGAAUUCAUACAUGCCUCCUAUUUUUUCCUCGAUGCCGCCAUCACCAUCAUCAUCAUCAUUGCCGCUUGAUACCAUGAAACGUGUAGUACACGAGCGUCGCUCCUGCAAGCGAUUUGACCCAACAAAGCCAAUUGAUCUCGACGUAGUUUCUGAUCUUCUCGCCAUGACGGUGCGGGCUCCUACCGCCCUGAACUUACAGCCGUGGGUGGCUGUUGUCAUACACGAGGAGGAGCAAAGAGAAACCCUCUCGCGUGCGGCCCUGGGGCAACCGCAGCCUCGUGACGCACCGGUGACUGUUGUGUUCGCUGGUGACAUGGAGCCGGAGAGCAAUGCCCCGGCCGCGCUUGAGAUGGGGCUGGAGAGUGGGUACUACCACUCACUUUAUGGCGCAGCCUAUCUGCGACAUGCGUACUACCUACUUCACGGUGGCCCAUGUGAAGCCAUGUCACAUGUUAAGGCGAUUGUGUCUGCAUGGUAUAGUGAAAGCACUGGCAACGCGAUGCUGUCGGUUCCUAGAAAUAAGCAGGCGUAUGCGUGGAAGCAGGUUAUGAUACCGGCAACGACGUUUCUUUAUCUUGCAACGGCAGCAGGGUUUGACACGGCAAUUUUGGAAGGGUUUGAUGAGGCGCAGGUGCGGCGUGUGGCAGGGUUACCGCCACGAUUCACAGUGCCGGUGAUUAUUAGUGUUGGGCACGGUGCGAAGAACGGGUUUCACUCCGUACGCAGCCCACGAUUUCCCACGAAGCAUUUGGUUCGGUGGGGAAAGUUUUGA